AUGUCCAUCAACAAGGGUCGCGCGGCCGGUACCGGUCUGUCGUACUCGGGGGCUAAUGGUGGCCUGGCUACUGCUGGCGUUGCCGGCACGACCACCAAUGAGCUGACUCUGAGUCGCACCCGUAUUUUGCGUAUUAGACAGCGAUUGAUGCUGGUCGAGAAGUUGUUGCGCUGCGUUUGCGUCCCUUUUCAACUCCAUGGCUCCCUCAUGUUCAGCGGCAGCACCACAUAUGGCGCAUAG